AUGACCUCAGAAUUAGCUAAUCGUAUUACAAAUGAAUUUAAAAGUGGUCUACCGGACGUUACACACAAAAGUGUAUUGGCGGUUGUCAAUGGAGUAGAGAAUCCAAAUUCUUAUACAGAUCUAUUAUUGGAUACUGAACAGUUGAUUGUAUUCACAGAAUCAUCCGAUACUUAUAAAAAAUUAGAUGAAGAAAUAAAAAAAUUUAAGAAAGCACCAAUUUUAAAUUGUGCCAAUUUUAACAAUGCUGAGUUGCAAAAUGAUUUAUUUGAUGUUGUUCUCCUUAUUAAAUCAUUUAACCGUUUGAAUACUGAUGAAAAACAAAAAAUUUUAAAAAAUGUUUUAAAAUCCCUUAAAGUUGAUGGUCAAAUUUUUGUUUAUGAAGAUGAAUGGUCAAAAGAAAAUGGAAGUCAUUCAACUAAUCCAGUCGAUCUUAUUCAUUAUUUUAAUUCUACUGUAGUAACUGAAAAGCAAACAUAUGGCUUUGAAUUUAUUUUUGCACGACCGAUGCGCACUUUUGUUGAAAGCAAACAUGAACCAUUUCAUUUAUGCUAUCGGUUUAAAAAAAUUGUUAAACUAGAUGAACAUUCAACAUUUCAAGAUUUUCUCGAUCAACAACAAUAUUCUACCAAUGGUGUUUUACGUUAUGAAAAAAUCUUUGGACCUGGCUUCGUAUCAACUGGUGGUUUAGAUACAACAAAGGAAUUUGUUGAAUCGCUUGACCUUAAAAGUGAUCAACUCGUUUUGGAUGUUGGCUGUGGUAUUGGUGGAGGUGAUAUCUAUAUGGCUGAGACUUAUGGAUGUUCGGUAAUUGGUGUUGAUUUAUCUACUAAUAUGGUUAGUAUUGCCUACGAACGAUUAAUGGCCAUGUCGGGAAAUAAACUAAAGGUAUCAUAUGAAAUCGGUGAUGUGAUGCAUCAUGAAUUUCAACCAAAUUCAUUUGAUGUAAUCUACAGUCGUGAUACAAUUUUACAUAUAAGUGACAAGAAGACUCUAUUUUCUCGUUUAUAUGGUUGGCUUAAACCUGGUGGUCGACUAUUUAUUAGUGAUUAUACUUGUGCACCGAAAAGUGAAUGGUCAAAAGACUAUGCAGAAUAUGUAGAUCAGCGACGAUAUACACUUUUAACUGUAGCAGAAUAUGGCAAAGUCUUGGAAAGCGUUGGCUUUAAAAAUGUUGAUCCUCAAGAUGCAACAGAUAAAUUUGUUCAAUGUCUCAAUAUGGAACUAAUUCGCAUUGAAUCAAAUAAAAAUGAUUUUAUUCAAGAAUUCUCAAGUGAUGAUUAUGAUCAUUUAAUUGAAGGUUGGCAUGGAAAACUCGAACGAUGUGCUAGAGGUGAUCAACGAUGGGGCGUUUUUCGAGCAAGAAAAUGA